GCGGUGUUCAGAGAAACUCACCGAUGUGUUUUUCAGCGUCUUUUCCGGUUUGAACGGAACGGUCCUUUCCCCGUGCGUCCUCGCACCCCAACGUGUCCGACAAAAUGGCACUUUAUAAUUUCAAGAAGAUUAUGGUGGUUCCCACCGCAAAGGAUUUCAUCGACAUCACUUUAUCCAAAACCCAAAGGAAGACCCCCACCGUGGUGCACAAGCACUACCAGAUCCACCGCAUCCGGCAUUUCUACAUGCGCAAGGUGAAGUUCACCCAGCAGAACUACCAUGACCGCCUCUCGCAGAUCCUCACCGACUUCCCCAAGCUCGACGACAUCCAUCCGUUCUACGCUGACCUGAUGAACGUGCUGUACGACAAAGACCAUUAUAAGUUGGCUUUGGGGCAGAUCAACAUCGCCAAGAACUUGAUCGAUAAUGUGGCUAAAGACUACGUGCGUCUGAUGAAGUAUGGAGACUCUCUGUACCGGUGUAAGCAGCUGAAGAGAGCGGCGCUGGGUCGCAUGUGCACCAUCCUGAAGAGGCAGAAGUCCAGUCUGGAGUAUCUGGAGCAAGUACGUCAGCAUCUGUCCCGUCUGCCGAGCAUCGACCCCAACACGAGGACGCUGCUUCUGUGCGGAUACCCCAACGUGGGCAAGUCCAGUUUCAUCAACAAGGUGACCAGAGCAGACGUGGACGUGCAGCCGUACGCCUUCACCACCAAGUCUCUGUUCGUGGGUCACAUGGACUACAGAUACCUCCGCUGGCAGGUGGUAGAUACCCCUGGGAUCCUGGACCACCCCCUGGAGAACAGGAACACCAUCGAGAUGCAGGCCAUCACGGCUCUGGCUCACCUCCGAGCCGCCAUCCUCUACGUGAUGGACGUCUCGGAGCAGUGCGGACACAACCUGCAGCAGCAGCUGGAGCUCUUCAACAGCAUCAGGCCGCUGUUCGCCAACAAGCCUCUCAUCAUCGUGGCCAACAAAUGUGACGUGAAGAAGAUCACCGAGCUGACCGAGGAGAACCAGAAAAUCUUUGCAGACCUCACAGCUGAGGGGAUCCCCGUGAUCGAGACCAGCACCCUGACGGAGGAGGGGGUCAUGCAGGUCAAAACUGAGGCAUGCGAUCGACUCCUCGCUCAUCGCGUCGACAACAAGAUGAAGGGCAAGAAGGUCCACGACGUUCUGAACAGACUCCACCUGGCCAUGCCCGCGAAGAGAGACGAGAAGGAGCGUCCUCCGUUCAUCCCAGAAGGAGCCUUGACGCGCAAGAAGGCGAUGGAAGUGGACGCACCCAAGCGCAAAACCGAGAGAGAUCUGGAGAUGGAGAUGGGCGACGACUACAUCCUGGACCUGCAGAAAUACUGGGACCUGAUGAACGAGGAGGAGAAGAGCGAUAUUGUCCCUGAGGUUUGGGAGGGACACAACAUCGCAGAUUACAUCGAUCCUGAAAUCAUGAAGAAACUGGAGCUGCUGGAGCAGGAGGAGGAGCUGAAGGAGAAGGCCGGAGAGUACGACUCUGACGAGGAGAGCGAGGACGAGGAGAUGCAGGAGAUCAGAGUCCUGGCCAAACAGAUCCGGGAGAAGAAGCAGGUCAUGGUGGCCAUUUCCAGAGAGAAGGACGUCCACGGGCCCCGCAUGCCCAGGACCACCACCAGGGUUGAAAGAGCAAAGCUGGAGAAGGAGAUGGGCAGCCUCGGUCUGGACAUGAACAACAAGGAUGAUAGUCACUACGCCCAAAACGCCCGGCGGUCCAGAAGCGUCACCAAGAAACGUAAGCGUGAAGCGUCCGUGGUUCCGACCUCCAAGACCCGCAGCCAGAGCGCCUCCCGCCCGCCCAGAGACCAGUCCGGUGUCCGAGAUCCUGCGAUGGCGAAGAAGGCGAAGCGCAUGAUGAAGCACUCCCAGAAAGACAUGAACCGUCAAGGCAAGAAGGGAGAGGCGGACAGACACGUGUAUGACCUCAAACCCAAACAUCUGUUCUCCGGGAAGAGGACGCAAGGCACCAACGACCGCAGAUAAAGAAAACAACAUCUUUUCCUGGACUGUUGAGACCUGGGAGCUCUUUGGGAAACUAUGGGCUUCUGUGUGGAGAUAAUGUCUUCAUUAUGUACAUUUCCCCAGCAGUGGAAAGAGGAGCGAGGAAGCGAUGCUCAUUAGAUAUUUUUGUGACAUGAGAGUGCCGUCCUUGAGGAUAGCGGCUCCAUGGUAAACUGUAUCGCUGCAGGGGAGAUGCACCGACCCAUUUAAAUGAUUAUAAUUAUAACAGUGUCUUUUAUUCGUCAGCAAGUAAAGUUGUUAAAAUAUCAGAAAACGGACUCAGUAUUUUGUUACUGCUUCUGCCACGAUCAGAAAUGUAAACCCUGAUUGUCAAAAAACAUGUCGACUAUUAUUCAGUUGUUAUUAAACUGAUUUGUUUCCGUCUUGGCAAUAGCAGUUAUGUGAACUCGGAUGCCUUGCAGCUUUGUAUGUGGAUCAGAAAAUGUUGGCUUUACUUUGGAUAAAGUGAUGAUGAUGCUUCCUUUGAGAAAAAUUCAAACCAGGGGAGCUUAAUAAAUAUACACCUGAACUAAA